AUGCGACACUUCAUACAAAGUUACUGUUUUGAUGGCGCGAGGCGACGUGGGUGGUCGGAUAGCGAGGCAUUUAGCGGGAGUGGGAUGUGCAAAGACUGGGCGAGCAUAGCGAUGAAUAAAGGGGAAGAGGAUGAGGAAAUACCUACUGGGUGGUGGGUUUACACGGCCAGUGAAGUGCAAAGCGGAGUGGAAAGAGAAACAAGAACAGAAACAGCGAUGCACAGCGGAAGAUAUAUGAAAUGA